CGCAAUUGAAAUCCACCACAUUUCCGUUGAGCUGCUGUACAAUGGAUAAACCAAGCAGUGCUUCACCUGAUCCACCCGACUUCUCAGAGCCUUGGAAGUUCAGCGAUGUGGUACUUGUGGUUGAAGAACAGAGAUUUCAUGUUCAUCGAAGCACGCUGGCCUUCUGGUCGCCAGUGUUUGAGCGGAUGUUCACGUAUGACUUUAAAGAAAAGAACUCGGGUGAAAUUCCGCUUCCAGGGAAGAAAGCGAGUGAAAUUAACGAGCUGCUUCAAAUGAUGUACCCAUCGUUAGAGGAGAAAGUCAUCUCAAGUAAUAACUGUUACUUCCUCUUGGAUCUUGCUCGCGAAUAUCAGAUAGACUCCAUUACUCGGAAGUGCGAAGAUUUUCUGGUUUCGGCGGUGAAAACAAGGAAGGAAAACGACGUAUUAGCCGUGCUAAUCGUUGGGCAAAACUACGAGCUACAAACACUGAUAAACUCAUGUGUAUAUGAAGCUCGUCGUUUAAGUUUGAAACAAUUGAAGCACCACACGAGAGAGAUUGACCCAGAUAAUUAUCUGCAGAUUGCUGAAGGAAUUAUUGAACGACUCGAGCAACAGUGCAGUGAAGUUAAAGCAAGUUGUUCAUAGAAGCUGCUUGAUUUAAGCAAAUGUCUAUACAAUCACGCUACAAAUAAAACCAGGUUACAUUUUCCCUUGGGAAAACGACACACGAUCCCAACUACCGAUGAUUAUUUCUAUGCCUUAAGUAAAGACAGAUUUGAACACAAAUGCAGCUCGAACUCUCCUCCUCUCUGCCCUGGGUUAAGUGAUGCUUCGAAACAUUUAACGGAAUUAAAAGGAAUAUUACAAACUUUGCCACACACAGGAACUUUGGAAUCGUAGACGGCGAUAAUAUUUGCUCGAUAAACAUUUUACAGUGCUUAUUCGAUGGUACAAGCUGUUUAGCACCAUGCAUAUGCAAUUGCGGUAUCUACUACAUUAUUCAAAUAUUAUAGUAGUACACAAUUUUCCUUUUAAAAAGUUAUAGCCUGGCAUGAAAUAAUUUUUCCCCCUAAUAUUACAGUCUGGAGAAAAAAAAGGAUUGAAAUAUUGUCAGUAUAUAUUAGGUAACAGUUAUAUUUGGCGGUAUCUUGUUGUAAUCAACUAUAAUUAAUUUUAGAACUGUAACCAGGAUGAGACAUAUUGGAAUAAAAACGUUCUCUGGUGAAAAAUAUAUUAAAAACAUAAGCUUUCGGCUAUCAGUCUAUAGC